UUUCAAGAAACUUGGCGACAACGCUUUGGCCUUUCUGACAAUCCUAGCAUUUUCAUCUUUGGUGCAAGUAUAGCUCCGACCCACAACACGAACUUUUACGCUGUAGGCCUUCAACUAUGAAAUUCCGAAUGAGGAAACGCAAAAGGAACAGCUCUCAUCCACCCACCAUUCAAAGGCCCCCGCAAUACAUUACCGUCAACAAUGACAACACGAACGACGAUGAAGAUAGGAACGAAAGAAGAUGGGCUCUUCAGAAAGUCUUUGCCUCUCAUCUUCUCAAGAUUUCUCGAAAGCACCUCAAUGACAGCCGUCAAGUAAUACGAAGACGGACCAGCCUGGCGGAUGGGAGCACCACUGGUGAGAGCAGUGUGAUGCGACCAGAGCAACAGUUCGCUAUUCCUGAAGAAAAGCCAAAAAGCCAUUCUUUUCGGAUCACAUGCUAUAAUGGCAGUGUUCAACAUUCAGCAAGAGAGCCAGAAGAGAGACGCAUUGCUGAAAUUGAAAACAUGGAACGGCACAGUGCACCCUGUUUCCUUGGAGAUGGCCCUCUGCGAUGCACGGACCGCCCACCAGACAACCCUAAGCAUCCCACAAAGUACAAAUCGGAUUGUAACUUCAACAGCAGUUGGUGCCCGGUUUCAUUAUUUCCCGACAGCUACAGCAACGAGUUCGUUGGAUUCGACCAGGAACAUCCAAACGAAGGGAAGAUGGACAAGUUCGGCAGCCUGUUUCGCCUCACGAAUGCUUUGAGAAGAAAGGCAGAUACGAAACGCAACGGCAUCCCAAAAGUUAUCACCAUAGUGAGUCAGGGGCCAAGCAAGCGGGUGGAGAGAUCGUCAUGUUGCGGAGCGGUCUCUGUCUACGAAAGGGAAUCAAACAAUGGAGCGAUCAACAAUCCUGUAUCCUUUGACUCGUCCCUCUUACGAUUGGAGCAGGAGCUAAUGCGGGCGAACCUUGAAAUGGACGUAGAACUCAAACUGGAGACACCCAUGCACCAGCCCCGGUCUUCUGAUCUGAACGCAGAGCGAACCGCAACAGCUAUCAGCGUGACAAGUAGCAUAUCUACUCACUCAAGCCUCAAGUUCGGCGCAAGCAUUGUCAAGCUUCCUUCUGGGAUGGAACUCCCCAAGGUAGUGGACGAACUGGAAUGAGCGUUCGAUCAACGCAUCCACUGGUACCGAUAAUCAGGAAUGUUACAGUACCAUCUCAGCUUGAGAAACUCUGCUUCGGUCUCUUUCUGCAGGCCUGAUGAUUCUAUCUUUUCAAGAGUCUACGAGCUAGCCGACAAGUUAAGGAAGGACUAGAGUCUACACCCGGUCCAGACGUUGGUUAUGUACAGAGGAAGGCCCUUUCGUGGGAUACGCCGCGAGUGGGAAAUUCUGGGUCCUAUCCUUCCUCCUGGCUCUUCCGGGUGUGCCUAUUGCAAUGUCAUGUGCGCGUUGUGCUUGGAAGAUAAUCAAAUCAAAGCAUAACCCAAUAAAGAAUGCCGUCAUUGCCACCAGUACUGGCUGCCUUCCGUGUCAAUCCCGUCUCAACCACCUAGUCUGUUGAUGAGUAUCAGUCCCAAUGGACUGUCUAAGAUCAGACUGGAUAUGGCGACUGCCACGAAAACCCCCAAGAUGUCCAUUAUCACUUGAAUUGUCGUGGAACUGUGGGCAGGGUCAACGCCUAACCUUUGAAGUAACAGUGGCAACACGGCUCCCAAGCAAACGCUGCUAAAGACAAUCAAUGCCAAACUUGCCGUGACGGCCACAGUUUCGGGGAAGGGUGUCCGAAACGCUGCUGCCCGUAGGAAUCCUGCACAGGAUAGAAUAAUGCUGAGUGAUGCGGCCAUUUUGAAUUCUCGACUCAGGAAUUGACCUUGUGUCUUUUCGUUCAGGGUUCCCAAAGCAAUUCCUCUGAUCACUGUGAUGUGAAGAUAAUAUUAUAGUGGAGCAGUUCCAAGUGAGAAUUGAGACCUGCGUAUGUCUCACAUGCAAUCGAGCCCAUCAGUUUCCUUCCUUACCUCGAACAGAAGCCUGGUUGCCCGCGUUUCCUGUAAUUUGAGCAUGCAGACAAGGAGGGAUGAAUGAGCAGAUUGACGCACAACAAAGCAUCAGUAAAAUAGAACGACAGGGCGUCUCACCUCCGGCUCCCACCAG